AGGUAGUUGGUCGGGGCAGACGUCAAUUAACUGUCUAUUGUCCGUGGAUUGGUGCAACAGCGCGGGCGGAUUCCUCCAUGGGUUCGGUCUGCAAGGCUCGCGGAGAGCGAAUGUCGUCAUGAGCGAAAUGCUGUGCAAAGGGUGAAGACAAGAAAGAUCACUGAACUACAUAAGCUUUUGAAGAAAGCUGCAUUUGCUCUCUUACAAAAAAACUAAGUUGUUUCUCUGCAAACUGUGCUAAAGAACAACAGGACAGUAUGGCUACCACUGUCGCUGUCAGUCCCAGCGAAUACCUUCAGCCCUCCUCUGCUUCAACACAACUUGACGAUCACACAUUUGGACCAAAGAGGGGCACAAAGGCAUCGCAGGACACUCAGCCCUCUCCUUUGGCCCUGCUGGCUGCCACAUGCAGUAAAAUCGGCCCUCCUGCUGCUCAGGCUCCUGUCACCUCUCCGCCAGCGCAGCCACAACCUCGUCGGCUACUUCCUAUAAAGCCAGCUCCAAUAGCGCCAGCUCCACCGAAAAACCUUGGUUUCCUUUCAGCAAAGGGCAAUGUGAUCCAGCUCCCUGCCGGCCUGGGCUCCACAGCUCCUGGCAGCCCCAUCGUCCUUACUAUCCAGCAGAGUCCUGCUCGUACCAGCACCUCGGCCACUCCUGGCAUCCAGUAUCAGGUGGUGCCGCAGAUCCAGGGUGCACAAACCAUUCAGGUGAUGCCACAGGGAGGUCAGAUCCAGCUAAUACCCGGUACCAACCAGGCCAUCAUUACCACUCCCAUGACCAUGCCGGCUCCGGCUGCAGCCACUGCUCCUGUCACGCCACAGAAGACUGUAGCCAUCAAGCCCUCCCUCAAGGUGCGGAAGCCAAACAAUACAGCUACAAACGUUGUGCAGCUGCCCAGUGGACUUACAAUUCCCCUCAACGUGGCUACAGGAGAAGUGGGUGGGACACAAAUCAUCACAGAGACAGCUGCAGCCCCUCCCACUCCUGGAAAGGGACGACGAGGGAGGAAAAAAAAGGCGGUACUGGCUGCUGAGCCUCCACCGCCGCCUCCAGCACAGGCUGCCUCUCCAACCCCAGAGCAGAUGGAGACCAUCCUAAUAGAAGCUGGUGACAACAUCAUACAGGCAGGGAACAAUUUACUGAUUGUGCAAAGUCCUGGGCAACCUGCUAUGGUGCAACAGGUCCAGCUGGUCCAGCCCAAACCAGAUUCUCAGGUGGUUCAGAUCCCACAACAGGCUUUGAAGGUGGUACAGGCUGCCUCUGCUACGUUGCCACCCGUCCCGCAGAGACAGUCUGUCUCCUCGAAUCUGCAGGUCACUCCAACAGAAACAUCACCAACACAGAUUCUCUUUAAAACAGCAUCAGGUGAAUGGCAAUCAGUUCAGCUUCAGGACUCCAUGACAACAACAACCCCUGCCACCACAGUUGCCCCUACCACCACUGUCACACCACUAGCUGGCACCAAGAGAACACAAGCUACCGGAGGACGAAAGGAGCGGACCUUGGCAAAAAUUGCCCCUGCAGGUGGAAUGAUACAAUUGAACACAUCGCAGCUCACCUCAGCAGCACAAGCAGUGCAGACCAUCAGCAUCAACGGGGUCCAGGUUCAGGGAGUUCCUGUUACCAUCACCAAUGCAGGCGGCCAGCAGCACCUAACGGUGCAGACCAUGCAGGGUGGAGGGCUCCAGCUGGCCGCAGCACAGGGCCAGCCUGCUAUCCAGGUAGACCAGACCCUUACCCUGGAGUUGCCUGGCCAGCCAGGAGAAAAGAAACGACGCAUGGCCUGCACCUGCCCCAACUGUAAAGAUGCAGACAAGAGACCCAGUGAGGUGGGAAAGAGGAAACACAUCUGCCACGUCCCUGGCUGUGAAAAGACUUUUAGGAAAACAUCUCUGCUCAGAGCUCACGUCCGGCUGCACACUGGCGAAAGACCCUUCGUCUGCAACUGGGUUUUCUGUGGGAAACGUUUUACGCGCAGUGACGAGCUGCAGAGGCACGCCAGGACACACACAGGAGACAAGCGCUUUGAGUGCAGCCAGUGUCAGAAACGCUUCAUGCGGAGCGACCACCUGACAAAGCAUUACAAGACUCACAUAAACACCAAGAACUUGUGAGCAGACGGUAUACAGAUACAAAAACUCAGAAACUAACUGUGUUACAGGAAGGAUGGGCAGUGGAGAUGAGACCAAGGGAUUGUGUUUGUGACUUAUCCCACAGUGGGAAACUCUCCAGAAUGAAAUGCUUGAUUCCCUGUCACUCUUGAAGGACACUGUGUAGCAUGGUGUACAAAGAAACCCUUCCUGGUGGACUUCAAACUUUCAGCAAAUUUAUUGACCAUUUUUUAAACGUUUUUUCCCCAUUUGGUCUGAACACGUGGACAGAUUACUGUGACUGAAUUUGUAAGGUGAAAAUGCUUUAGAUUUAAAUGCUUAACUCUGCUAGAUUAUUUAUGAACUUCUCUGGUGAAAGAACAUUUACAGAUUUUUUUUUUUUUAAUUAUUUUUUUACGUUUAGAAAACACAACAGGAUUCCAGGACAUCAGUUACAAUUUCAGUCUCUAUUAUUUUGUUGUUGUUUUUUCUACCACAAAAGCCCCCCCUGAGUCAGCCAUGAUUAAAAGUCUGUAAAUUCAAGAAAUUAACACAUAAAUAUGUUUGAGAGUACUGGUCAAGCCAGCCUGAGUUCCCCUAUCCAAAAGCAAAGUGAUUGAGCUGCAGGCCAGAAGUCAUUGUGCCUUAAAACUUGUAAAAAGUAAUGUAAAAAUUAAUCACAAAAAAAAGGACCACAAUUAAGGAAGUGCUGGAGUUAUAACAGUAUAUCAUUUCUGUGACCUCUGGUAGGUCCUUGGUUACAAGUAGUGAUCUAAAUACAGCAAUAUGAAGUGAUCUGCAAGGUUGGCCAAUGUUGGGAAUUGUGUUGGAAAAUGGAUUGUUUAAAUCUAAGGAAGGGUAAUUAAUUAGAAAAUGUAAUACUUGGAGGACCACGAAUGAGUCCUUGUGGAACACCAAAGUAAAAAGGAUGAAUUUUUGAGCCACCUGAGUUUUGUAAACCAUGAAACGGAUAAAGGAAAAGCAGAAUCUAACCUCUUUAUGCCACAAGGAGAAAGCUGUUGCUAUCACAGACAUGAACAAGUGGUUAAAGAUGUGGAGGAAAUGUAUUAAGUAUCUUAAAAUUCAACAAUGAAAAUUUACACACUGCUCAUUAUGGCUCCAGGUGUUUCUUCUGUUGAGUUGAGACAGUUGGCGCUCUUUUAUCAUGAGUUGUGUGUAAUAGAUGAAAUGUUUGAGACUGUACCAUUGUUCUUUCCAAGUAGGUUUAUCAGGAAAAUGUCUGAUAGUUAUGUAUUUAUACUACCUAAAAUUCUCUACCUUUACACAGGCACUGCAAGAAGUUUCAAAUAUCAGGAAAAUUAAAUAAAAUUGUUAAAGGCUGUUGAGAUGGCCCAGAAACACAUAGAAAGAUUUUUGUUGAUGAGCUAUGUUUUCCUGAGUUUAGACGCUAAAGAUUUAAUUUGGUGAAAUAUUAGCAGUAAGAAGAGUUGAUAACUCAAAUGCAAAACAUGCUAUUGCAUCUGUGGUCCAAACUUUGUUUCUACAUAGUUGGUUAUUUACCAUGCAUAACAAGACAGGUACAGGGCUGUGUAUCCGAUUGCCAUUUACUUUUGUAUAGUUCCUGAAGUUUAGCCAUCCAGUCAUUAAUCACAUUAGUUCCUGACUUAAGUCAAACCAGUCUUAGUUUUAGAUUGAUUUUAUUUGAGUUCUUAAAUGGCUGCAUGUUCAUAGUUGACAUUUAACUUUGACAAACUUAAUGAUUUGUGCUUCUUUUAUUACCUGUUUUUAGCCUGAAUAGUUCAAGUUUCUUCGUGGCAGGAAACAUCUUCAUCCUUCUCAAACUAAAGAACCUAAAAAUUUGGUACCUGCAACACUUUCUCCUAGUUUACUCAUUUAAAAAAACGAACAAAACUACAUAGUCUUUCUUUCAUCGGUCAGAUUUGAUGAAUUGUAGCCUAUGCAUUGCUGUAUAUAAGAUCAGACUUUUAAUUAUUUGGCCUGACUUGACAAUCAUGUCACAAGAUGCAAAAAAACAGAGGAAAGAAAUAAAGCUUUCUCAGGCCUUCUAUGAGUCACACAACGUUUUCCAGCUAUAUGAUGGCUUUAAUUCUAAAUUAACACUUAAGAUGUUUUUGUGAUGUACAAAUGACCAGCAUUAGGCGUGCUGCACAGUACUGACAUAACUUUCUUUAAUCUCAUUUGCUUUACAGAAAAUGUACAUUUGCUCAGUGAUUUUGAUGUUAUGAAGAUAUGCUGACCGUUUUCUAACAAGUCAGCAAUGAGUUUGAAGCCUGAAAUUGCCGGGGAGUUAUUUUAAGAAGUACACCAAGUCAUUGCUUAACAAGGUUUUUUUGUCAAAUUAUCCAGCAGAGCAGCUUCACACUGUAUCUACACUGAGGUUUGUUUCUGGUAGAUGGUGCAGGCUUGCUACAGGUUGUGCAAAGCAGAGAAAUUUGACCAAAAAAGCUCAAGUCUGAUUUGUUUUCAAAGCACUUUGAACAAAGUGCUUUAAAAAGGUGACAUUGGGGGAGAGAGAGAGACAGAGGCUGCUCAUAUUUAUGUUUGUAUUCCAUGUCUGAAUAUGUAAAUAAAACGUGUCUGUCAGACACGGUAAAUGUAGGAUAUUAAAAAUUGUUAAGCUGCAUAGUUUUGUGGUUGGCGUAGCCAGCCUUGAAGGAAGUGGACUUUGUACAGUGUUUUAAGGAAAAAAAAACAUAUAUAUGUGACAUUGUAUAGCUUCAUUCCUGCUUUGUAUAAGACUUCUAGAUCUUUUUUCUAUGAAUUAAAGAUGCCUUAGACAGCUGCACCCAGUAUUUAAAGAUGUUUUUUUUUUCUGUCUAAUUCCAGGUAACAACAUUUGUAAAAUUUUGUUUUGUGUUUUUAACUUAUGUUACAUGCUAAUGUCAUGUGCACUGAUUAAACUCCCAGGUUCCAAAAUUUGUAAAUUUAAUGUUGAUUGUAAUUAAAUAUAAUGUGUUUUUCCCCUGAAUUAAGUCAUUUCUGUUGCUUGGUUUCUGUGAAUGAAAUGCUUCUCCUUCUCCAAGCCUAUAUGUCAUAAAGUGUUCUAUAAACUUUAUUUUUGUGUGUAUAUCAGGAGAACCAAGAGAA